GAGGGAUUACAUAGCAGCUUGUGUGACUCUGAGACUGCCAGAGGGCUGCUGCUGUUGCAGGGCAGACGUCGGAGCUGCCUAAUAGGGCUGUUCCUCUUUCCCCUCUGUUCUCGCCUCCAGUUCUCUCCCACCGUCUCAUGAUGCUGCGCUUGUCCGCUUAGCUCCGACCAGUGCCUUUAUCACCUUGUAUCCACUCUCUCUUACUUCCACCACCACAUCAUGGCCUCGGUCCCAGGUUACCCGGCCUCCGGCAGGCCACAGCCUUCCGACCAUAAUACUGCAUCCACCCCCCAGGAGAGCGAGGUCUCUAGUAGUGUGACCAGCCGCGUUUCCUCUACCGAAUCGGUUGAGGACAACGACACUGUCUUACUCAACGGCACCUCCGAUACAGCCACCCAUGGAUCCCCAACUACAAGCCCGACUCCCGUCGAUUCGUCUAGUUACGAGCCACGCAGGUGUUGGAUCUGCUACACAGAUGAGACGGAAGAUUCGCCCCUCAACUCACAAUGGCGCUCCCCGUGUCCUUGCGCUUUGACGGCUCACGAAGAUUGCCUGCUCGACUGGCUAGCGGAUCUCGAGAAUCCCCGAUCUCGGAGGCGCAACGGCCACAGCGCGAAGAUGGUUUGCCCGCAGUGCAAGUCGGAGAUUGUGGUCUCGCGUCCGCGAAGCUAUAUCGUGGACAUUGUACGGUUGUUUGAGCGCCUCGCUGGCCGGCUGGUCCUUCCAGGGCUGGUUUUUACUCUGGGGGGUACCGUCUGGGCGGGGUGCUGUGCGCAUGGAGUAUAUUCGAUGUACUUUGUCUUUGGAACGGACGAAGCUAGAAUGAUCUUGGAGGAAACGGCAGACGGGGCGUGGAAUUCGGGUCUUAACCUCGGGUUGCCUCUUAUUCCCCUGGUGUUGAUAUUCUCGCGCACUCGGUACGCAGACGGUCUUCUCCCUGCUAUUCCCGUCAUGUUUUUCGCCACACAUCAACCCGGACAGGAGCUGGAACUAGAUCUUUGGCCGCCCAGUGCGGCAAUGACAUUUGCUGCUCUUCCGUACUUGAAGAGCUUCUACGGUACCAUCUACGAGAGGAUGUUUGGCAAGUUGGAGAGGAGGUGGAUUGCAGAGGUGCAGCCGCGCCAGUCGGAUGUCAAUGAGUUUGAUGAUAAUGCGCCCCCAGAACACCCCGAGCCAGACCCGCCCAACGACAAUGGGCUUUUGAUGGAAAUCGAUUUGGAACUACAGGUUGGGAUGGGCGGUGAUGAUGGACCACAAGGGUUGCUCGGGUUCAACGGCGGAAACACGCAGGACGAUGGACAAGAGCAGAAUCAGGGCGGAAACGGCCAAGGGUUGGGCUUGGGACGACGGGAUGACCUCAUUCACGACACAAGCAGUUUGGCCGACAUUAUCCUCGGGGCGCUUGCAUUCCCAGCCAUAUCUGCCUCGAUGGGCGGACUGCUGAAGUACGUCUUGCCGACUUCGUGGACAACACCAUCGACGCUAGGCAAGGCCAAACCGGGGCUGCUGCAGACCCGCUGGGGCCGGAGUGUAGUUGGAGGGUGUGCGUUUGUGCUUCUGAAGGAUGCGCUGGUGUUGUACUGUCGGUGGAAACUGGCGCAGACACACCGACGACGCAAGGUGCUGAACUACGAUCGGUCGAAGAAGCGGGCUACUGGUAAAGUGUGACUGGGGUGGUUAAUGACCGCAGUGUAACGAUGCAUUUCCGGCGUUAAUUUGGUUGAUCGGAUGAUACUGAGAUACACUCUUUGCUGGGUUUUGCGUUUCGAUAUGACGAGCGAUGAGCCUGGGGUUCUUAAUAGGCAAAAGUAAAUGAGAAGUGAUGGACAUACAAUACAUACUAUACCACUGAAUCGAAAUAUCUCUAA